AUGUCGCUAUCGUACAUAUAUUUACGCAGUAUUGACCGAAGUGCAGUCGACUCUCCCGAGACAGAGCCGUACCGAUGGCCAGUGAUUUUACGCUUCCAAGAUUAUCCCUUUCCCGACGAGAUCCCUGCACGAUGGACGAAGAACUAUCUCUCCAACAAUGGUGCGUCUCUCACCUCCGCUCAAUCAUCCGUCACUGGAGCAGUCCGGGUGAGAGAUCAGACUUGUCGGAUGUCCAAACACGUCACCGGAACCCAGGCAGCUCAUAUAGUUCCCCAACAUGAAGGCAAAUGGUUCUCUCAGAAUUCCAUGUGGAAGUACAACGUCGAUUUGUCACUGGACCCUGACAAUCUCCUCAAUGAUAUGAGCAAUCUCGUCUUGCUGCGGUCCGACCUGCAUGUCGGGCUAGAUGAACGGAAAUUCAUCUUUUAUCCCAAAGGCGACGGUUCUUUCGUGGUGCAUCUACUUGAACCCACUCCCGACCUCGCCCAGCUAUUUCACAAUGUGAAGAUGCAGCCAGGGUUCAACUGCCAUCCCAGUUUUCUAUUUGCACGGUUUGUCCAUGCACUCCUCCCGUCUCUCGCAGGUUUCUUCAGCAUGCCCGGACUCCCACGAAAUGUGUUGUUGGUCAAGGCGACGGACGAUGGAGAAGAAUUGGUAGAGGAAGAGAUCGCCGACCCGGAAGAACUUCGUGGUCGCAUCUCGGCCUCGCGCAGUCGGAGUCCCAAGAAACGGCAUAAGGCUGGAGCACCGGACGCGAAGGGUGGAGUUUGUUCACAGCGCGAAGCCGAGAUGCGACCACCACUCCGACGGUAUGUCAGUGCUGCCAGUCACUCGCAAGAAGGUGGUCGGAAUUCUGAUGCCGAGUGUGACCAGCCACAUCUGGCACCCGGAGCCCGAAAAGGCUCUCCGAACCCCCAUGCCGGAGUUAGACUGGAGGCAGACCCGGAUGUGCUCAUGAUCAAACCGCACAUCACGAAUCUCUUUCCUUCAUGGUACCCCGGAUGGGAAGACGUGGAUAAAUUGAGACAGGACUGGCUUGUGAAAGAGCGCGCAAGAAAUCAGACUCUAAAGCGCAAACGCGAUAAGAAGCUACGCUCGUAUGGAGUCAGGGACGUGGGGAGGCAUACGUGGCAAAACACACGGACUCUUUGUGAGUCUAGAUUCGUGCCGCUCCAGAAAGGAACUGACCGUCCGUGA